CCUCAUACCCUUUAAUUAACUUCCAUCUAAAUUAAAUCAAGCCUUCUCCUUGGCUGUUAAUCUUCAAAUUAAGAUAAAUGAUGGGAAGCAUUUCCAUAUUUAUUAGUGCAUUAUUAUUGUUCCAUGCUUCAUUAGCAUCAUCGGAAGUUUCAACUGGAGAUUUCAACAAAGACUUCUCAGUGAAAUGGUCACCUGAUCAUGUCAAUACUUCGGCAGAUGGUCGAUCAAGAAGCUUGAAACUCGACCAUCACUCUGGAAGUGUGAUGUCUAGCAAUUAUACAUUCUUGUUUGGUCAAUUUGACAUGCAAAUCAAAUUGAUCCCGGGGAAUUCAGCUGGCACUGUUGUCGCGUUUUAUUUAGCGACCGAGCAGUUUGCGAACCGUGAUGAGUUAGACUUCGAAUUCCUGGGAAAUGAAGAGGGAAAGCCAUAUAUUCUUCAAACCAAUGUUUAUACUAACGGAUCUGGGAGCAGGGAGCAAAGGAUUAAUCUCUGGUUCGAUCCAACCAAAGACUUCCACACCUAUUCCAUCUUCUGGAACUUUUACCAAGUCGUGUUUUUGGUGGAUAAGAUACCCAUAAGAACCUUCCGAAACCAUGAAGAUGAUGGGGUGGCAUAUCCCGGGUGGAAGCCGAUGGGGUUGACCGUCAGCUUAUGGGACGGCAGCAGCUGGGCGACUAGUGGCGGAAAAGUCAAAGUGGACUGGUCAAAGGCGCCAUUCAUAGCUUCAUUCAAGGACUACAAACUAGAGGGCUGUGUGUGGAAGGGCAACAAUGGAAGGGAUUGUAGGGCAGGGGGGCCUUCAUAUUGGUGGAAUAAGGACAGGGCUAAGACCCUAACACCAUACCAAAGAAGGCUCUACAAAUGGGUGAGGAAUUACUUCAUCACCUAUGACUAUUGUGGGGAUAAACAAAGGUUCAACAAUUCCCUCCCACCUGAAUGUACUCGUCCAAUCUAUUGAUCCAAAUGUUCCAACACGUCUGCUCGAAAGUUUUAAACUUUUAAUUGUGCCCGUUAUUAAUCAUGUUGUAACUAUAUUCGAUUGCAUAUCUAGUCAUGUAACUAUUGAACCUGUAUAAUUUAAAUAUUUUUCCAUAGUAAAGUACACUUUCCGCAAAAAACUUUACUUUAUAGAUGGCUGCGGAGAAUUUUCAGAUAGAAAAUGUACUUUAUGGUGACAAAAGUCUUUAAAUUGCACAUAUUUGUUAGUUAUAUUAUCAAAC